AUGCAUGAUAAUAAGUGUGCUCUUGCAAGAGCUGAAACCUGCUGUCAAUUACCACCACAACAACAACAACAACAAAAACAUUUACUUGUAGAUGGAUUAAGAUUUGCUCGACCAUUGAUAGCAAGACCACCUUUUAUCAAAGGAAGUGAUCUACUCAAGUUAGAUGACACCAUACGUUUUAACUGUUAUGCAAUGCCAUGA